AUGCAAAACGGCGCGUCGUCCUGCGGCUCGUGGGCGUGCUCCGAGGGCGGCUGGGACUCCCCGAACCCGCGAGGCAGCACGGAGUGGUUCUACGUCCUCAGCGGGAACGGCGCGGUGACGGAUCCGGACGGGACGAUGCACGCGUUCGGCCCCGGCGACUCCGUCGUGCUCCCGAAAGGCUGGCACGGGAGGUGGGACAUCGGACGGCACAUCCACAAGGUGUGGCUCACGAUGGAGCACGAC